ACAGAAAUCACUUCUCAUGAAUUUAUGUGGUGCACCUUAAAUUGGUCAACCUUAAAUAACCAUUGGCGGCUUAAAUUGCACAUCAUUAAGCAAUCAUUUCCUCCCCCACCCCACAAAAGAAAACAGAGAAAAAGCCAUCUUCUGAUCUUCAAGUAAAUUUGCCUAAAUGUUCUGUGCUUUUUCCAUACAAAUUAUGCCCUUUUGAAGAGAGAGAGGCCCAAAUCAGCCAGAGAAAGUUGGUAAAAUCGACAGAGAAAGAGACCUUGCUAGGAUCCUUGUCACAAUGACAACCUCACGCCGCCUUGCAGAUAGAAAAGUUGCAAAAUUCCAAAAGAACAUCACCAAGAGAGGGUCUGUUCCUGAAACUACCGUGAAGAAGGGAUAUGGCUACCCUGUUGGGCCAAUUGUGCUUGGCUUUUUUGUGUUUGUUGUCAUCGGUUCUUCACUGUUUCAGAUAAUCAGGACAGCAACAAGCGGCGGUAUGGCCUGAGUAAUGCAGUUUCUAGUGAAGGUAUAUGAAGAAGAAAACGGACUGGUGAAGUUCUACUCCAUGCCUUAAAAAUUUUCAUGCUUUUGGAGAGAAGAAAAUGAUGGUGGUUAGAAGAACUAAUUUUUCAUGUUUAUGUACAUCAGUCUUGUAGUAACUUAUUGUCUCAAAAAAUAAAUGGUGUCUUCCCCUGGAUAUGAAAGUGUUGUGGUAGAAGGAAAUGUUCUGUUUCCUCAGAUCGUAUAUUAAUUUGUACAUCGUAGUGUAACUCUCAAACUGUCGCCAAAAGUCCCAAACUCUAACAAAUAUACUACCACUGCACUGGUCUCAAACUUCAGUGUGUGGGUCCUUUGUGGUAUCUCUCUCUCUAUAUAUCUGAUAACAUUGUGAGUG